GUUGUUAAAUCUUAAAUUCUGAGAAAACAAUGUAGUCUAGCACUUUCCCGGCUCUCCUCCCCCUAUUCCUAUGGCCUGAACCCCUCGUGGCAUGUCCUCCCCCUUCUCUCUCACUCUCUCUGCAGAAGGCUUCCGUUUUCUACGGUGGCAUUUUCUCAUCGGGCAUCGGAUCUGGGGUUAUUUCGCUUAGCGUUAAAGGGUCUGUUCAUUGUUGGGAUUGUUCUUAUUGUGGACAUAGCCAUUUGGGUGGAAUUCACCGGGAAAAGACAUGGGGGAAUUGUUAUCUUUCUGUUGAUUAUCACUAGAAAGUCAGUCAGCUGCCGCAAAACAAGUUAAACAGCAAUAGUGAAGAUUUCUGGCCUUGGUUGUGACUCAAGUUGGAAAUGUUCUUUACUUAAUGAAGGUAGAUUCAGUUGUGAUCACUUUUGGCUUAGGAAGUUAAUAUAUAUUGCGGAGAGGCAAUUUGUGUUAUGGGUUGACUUCAAAGACUAAAGUUUUUGGUGGUCUUCUGGGGAUAUUGUGGAUUCUGCCAUUUGGAGUGUGUGGAGAAGGAACAUAAUUAGAUUUUGUUUGUGGGUUUGGAAUGGAUCAUAUGACUCCGAGAGAGAGAGAUUUUGAAGGUGAUAUUGAGAGUGGGCUCACAGUUAGUGAAGAAGAAUCGAUCAAAGCUCCUGUUUUGGGUGCUACAAAGCAAGAAAGGACAUUGCUCGAGAAGAUUUGUGGUGGGUUCAUUGAUGGGCCCAUCAAGAGUGAAGAUAAGCAGAGUUCAUGUGGCGAUUUUUCAAACUCUAAUGGAUUUUCUCCUGAGAAUGUGAGGAUGGUUAGCAACAAGAUAUUAGAGAGGGUAGAGGAUGUAGAUUAUGUUGAGAUAACACCAGUGAAGGAUAAACGUAAAAAGUCGAGCAAUAAAAAACCUCCAAAACCUCCGAGACCUCCCAGAGGUCCAUCAUUGGAUGCAGCUGACCAGAAGCUAAUCAAGGAGAUCUCUGAACUUGCCAUGUUGAAGAGGGCAAGGAUUGAGCGAAUGAAAGCCUUGAAGAAGAUGAAAGCUGCUAAGUCAUCAUCUCCUAAUAGCAGCAGCAUAUUUGCCAUGGUGUUGACCAUUCUCUUCUGUCUUGUAAUAAUCUUUCAAGGAAUGUCGUCUAGUAGAAAAUCACCUGUAAACUUCCAAGGGUCUCCUGUGUCAGCAGGACCGACAGACAGUGGUUUGAUUUCUGUUCAGUACUAUGCAUUUCCGUCUGCUAGUGAGCCAAAUGAACCUGGUUCUGUGUCUCUCAAUUUGGUAGAGCAAAUGGCUGGUUCUGAUCCAUCGGAAAAGUUGAUGAGAGUUGUGGGAUGAAAGGGAGCAUAACUGAAGUGAAUGCAACAGCCCUAGUUUUCAUUGGAGAACAAACUUCGGAGUUGCCCUUUGUAGUUCUCCCGCAAACCAUUUUUCCUCACUUUUUCUUUUUUACACGUGACAUGAAUCUGAAUCUUUUGGGUAAAUUAUCCCCUUUAUUGUGUAUAUCAAGUAAAAUUGGGGCCGAGUCAAAUUAAUGUAUAAGUUUUAGGUGUAAUUUUUAUAAGUGAUGCCAAAUACUUUUCACAAGUUGCUCCGUAGCAACGAACCUGGCCAAAUUAUGUUUGAUUGAGGAUGGUUAUUUUAUUUAUAAGCAGUUCAUGCAGCCUUGCAAAAUUCAAGCGAA